AUGGAUACCGUGAAAGAACGAGUUUUUGCCCCCGGUAAGGAACGACUGAAGAAUUUUGCGGGGAAGACUCUGGGGCAUAUGCACAGGGUGCUGGAGAAACGGCAGAAGACAGGUGAAGUGAUCGAACUAACGGAGGAUGGACGACCUGCAACGAUCAAAGAGAAGGAGCCGCCACUGUGCGACUGCACGUGCUUCGGACUCCCGCGCCGGUAUAUCAUCGCCAUGAUGAGCGGCCUAGGGUUCUGUAUUUCCUUUGGGAUCCGAUGCAAUCUGGGAGUCGCGAUCGUGGACAUGGUCAAUAAUAGCACAAUCCAUCGGGGCAACAAAAUCAUUAUCAAAGAGAAGGCGAAGUUUAACUGGGACCCAGAGACAGUGGGGAUGAUCCACGGUUCAUUUUUCUGGGGUUACAUUGUGACGCAGAUCCCAGGAGGGUACAUUUCCUCGCGCCUGGCAGCUAACAGAGUUUUUGGUGCUGCCAUCUUGCUAACGUCAACUCUCAACAUGUUCAUCCCGUCAGCCGCACGCGUGCACUACGGUUGCGUCAUCUUCGUCAGGAUACUCCAGGGUCUUGUGGAGGGUGUGACCUACCCAGCAUGCCAUGGGAUCUGGAGCAAAUGGGCCCCACCCCUGGAGAGGAGUCGCUUGGCAACCAUUUCUUUCUGUGGUUCUUAUGCAGGUGCCGUGGUGGCAAUGCCCUUGGCAGGGAUACUGGUGCAGUAUUCAGGAUGGUCCUCUGUUUUCUAUCUGUAUGGGAGUUUUGGAAUGUUCUGGUACCUGUUUUGGAUCCUGGUGUCAUAUGAGAGCCCAGCAGAACACCCCACUAUAACGGAUGAAGAGAGAACCUACAUAGAGGAGAGCAUCGGAGAGAGUGCUAAAUUACUGGGAGCAGCUGAUAAAUUCAAAACCCCCUGGAGAAAAUUCUUCACCUCCAUGCCAGUCUAUGCAAUCAUCGUGGCCAACUUCUGCAGGAGCUGGACCUUCUACCUGCUUCUCAUCAGCCAGCCCGCUUACUUUGAGGAGGUGUUUGGCUUUGAGAUCAGCAAGGUGGGGAUGCUGUCUGCUUUGCCCCAUCUGGUCAUGACCAUCAUAGUUCCUAUUGGUGGCCAACUCGCCGACUUCCUGCGCAGUAAAAACAUCCUGUCCACCACUACUGUCAGGAAGAUAAUGAACUGUGGAGGGUUUGGAAUGGAGGCGACUCUGUUGCUGGUGGUUGGUUAUUCCCACAGUAAGGGCGUGGCCAUCUCGUUCCUAGUGUUAGCCGUGGGAUUCAGCGGGUUUGCCAUAUCAGGUUUUAAUGUGAAUCAUCUGGACAUUGCGCCCAGGUAUGCCAGUAUCCUAAUGGGUAUAUCAAAUGGAGUGGGCACCCUCUCUGGCAUGGUUUGCCCUCUCAUCGUCGGUGCCAUGACCAAAAAUAAGACACGUGAGGAGUGGCAGAGCGUGUUUCUGAUCGCGUCUCUGGUGCACUACGGCGGCGUGGUGUUCUACGGGAUCUUUGCGUCCGGCGACAAGCAGCCGUGGGCGGACCCCGAGCAGACCAGCGAGGAGAAGUGCGGCUUCAUCGACGAAGACGAGCUCGCCGAGGAGACCGGUGACAUCACACUCAGCCACGCCCCUCUGGGGGCCCAGACUGCGUUGGGGGGCCCCGCCAAAACAUAUGGGGCCACCACGCAGCUGAACGGGGGAUGGGCGGACGGGUGGGAGAAGAGGGAGGAGUAUAUUCAGGAGGGGGCGGAGCCUAGAAGUGACUACUCAUAA